GCCCUUGCCUCCCACGGCUCCCACUGGCAAGAAAUGCAGUGACGAUCGCCUCUGCUGCCACAGUGCAGGGUCCCACCAGACCCCAGCCCGCAGGUCGCCGCCGCGGCCGCCGCUUCUCGGAUCUGCUGGACUCAAGCCGCGGCCGCCGGAGAGAACGCAGGGACCCACGCGCGGCGCAGACACUGCCCGCGCCCCCUUGCCCCGCCCUCCCGGCCCCAGCGCCGCGCGCCUCCCUCGUCCCGCCCCCCGGCGCCUGUCGGCCAAUCCUGGCGCCGCGCACGUGACGAGCGCUGCCUGCGAUGACCUCAUCCCUGGUGUGGGAUGACGUCAAAUUCAAGAUGGAUGGAAUCACAGCGGCAGCGGCGGCUGCGGCGCGCGCGAGCCGAGUGUGAGCGGAAAGGAGCCUGGCGCCUGCCUCGGAGCUGAAGAGCGAUACACCGUGCGAUGGAGGGGCUGCUGCACUACAUCAACCCAGCGCACGCCAUCUCUCUGCUCAGCGCCCUCAAUGAGGAGCGCCUCAAGGGACAGCUGUGUGACGUGCUCCUGAUUGUCGGGGACCAGAAGUUUCGAGCCCACAAGAAUGUGCUGGCCGCCAGCAGCGAGUACUUCCAGAGCUUAUUCACAAAUAAGGAGAACGAGUCCCAGAGCGUCUUUCAGCUGGACUUCUGCGAGCCGGACACGUUUGACAAUGUCCUGAACUACAUUUACUCCUCGUCGCUCUUCGUAGAGAAGGGCAGCCUCGCUGCCGUGCAGGAGCUGGGCUACAGCCUGGGCAUCUCCUUCCUGACCAACAUUGUCUCCAAGGCCCCGCAGGCCCCCUUGCCACUGUGUCCCGGCAGGAAGCGGGUGUCCGUGGAUGAGGACGAGGCUGGCUCCCAGAAGCGGAGCGUCAUUGUGUGCCAAGGCAGAGGAGACACACCUGGGAAGGCCACCACGGUGAGCCCGGCCGACCUCAGUCCUGCUUCCCGGCUGUCCCCCAGUAUCACGGCCAAGAACGGGGCCAACAAGCAACACAUCCCGAAGCCAGCGGAGCCACUGACCAAUCUGUCCUUACCUGACAAGAGCUGGCCAAAAGAUGGUACCUCGGUGCUGGCCAAGUCCCUGGAGUCCCCCACGGAGGACCCGAGCAGAAGCAGUUUGGGGAAGAGAAAUGCGGCCCUGCCCUCUAAGCCUGAGCAGGACAGAGAGGCCUCAGAUGACAGGCCAGGGGCCAGUGGCCCACUGCCGAAGGGCAAAGCCAUUGAGCUGGCUCUGAGGAGGCCACGUCCGCCGGUGCUGGCCCUGCACAGCCCCUCAGAGACGCCCUAUCUGCUGAAGGAGACCGGCAAGGGUGGCCAGGGUGAGGAGAGGAACCUGCUGUACUACUCCAAGCUGGGCCUGGUGAUCCCGUCUGGCAGGCCUGGGCCCGGGACCCAGAGCAUUGACAGGAGCGGGCCCCUGGUGAAGAGCUUGCUGCGCCGGUCCCUAUCAAUGGACAGCCAGGUCCCCGUCUACUCCCCUGCCAUAGAUCUGAAGUCCCCACCGGGCUCGGUCGCAGCAGCCAAGGACGCACCGGGCAGCAUCUUCUGUGCUUUGUCUCAGAAAGCUGCGUUCAAAGACUGUGGCGACAGGAAGGCGGCCCCAGAUGGCUGCGCCCCCGUGCUGCAGCCACACCGCCUCCGAUCCUUCAGCGCCUCACAGUCCUCAGAGCGGGAGGCCGCCGGCCCGGUGCCUGAGCUGCGCAUCAAGACCGAGCCCAGCAGCCCGCUGUCCGAGCCCUCCGACAUCAUCCGGGUUACUGUGGGCGAUGCUGCGGCUGCAAGGGACUCAUCCCUGAAAACUGAGGAGGACCCAAAGGACAUGAGCAGGCUCCCGGCGAAGAGGAGGUUCCAGGCGGACAGAAGGUCGCCCUUCAAGAAGGCCAAGGUCAGCGAGCACGGACCCCUGGCUUCGGGUGAGAACUGCGAGGAUGGCUUGAGCCCCCCUCCCCUUGACGGGGACUUCCCAGAUUCAGACUUGCACAGAGACGAAUUUGGUGAGUUGGAGGGGCCGAGACCCAACAAAAGGUUUAAAUGCAAACAUUGCCUUAAAAUCUUUAGAUCAACAGCAGGUCUGCACCGCCACGCUAACAUGUACCAUAACCCAGAGAAGCCCUACGCCUGUGACAUCUGUCACAAGCGGUUUCACACCAACUUCAAAGUGUGGACACACUGUCAGACCCAGCACGGCGUGGUGAAGAACCCGUCCCCGGCCGCGAGUGCACACGGGGUCCUGGAUGAGAAAUUCCAGAGAAAGCUGAUUGACAUAGUGAGGGAGAGGGAGAUUAAGAAGGCCCUGCUCCUUAAGCUGCGGCGCGGCCGGCCGGGGCUUCAGGGCGCGGGUAGCUGCCCCUCCCCGGCGCAGCAAGCCGUCAAGAGGACCCUGCGCCCACGGGCCAAGGGCACGUACGUGUGCGCGCACUGCGGAAAGGCGUGCCGCUUCCUCUCGCAGCUGAAGCAGCACGUGAGGACGCACCCGGGAGAGCGAGCGCUCGGAGCGCACCGGGGCGCUCGGCCCAAGGAGCCUGCGCCGCCGGCCCCGGGCGAGGCGCGCUUCCCGUGCCGCCUCUGUAAUGCUAAGCUCUCUUCUCUUCUAGAGCAAGGCAGCCAUGAGCGCUCGUGCCGGAACGCCGCCGUGUGCCCCUUCUGCAGCCUCAGGUUCUUCUCGGCCGCGCUGAAGCGGGAGCACGAGGCCGCCUGUGAGUACCGCAAGCUGACCUGCCUGGAGUGCAUGCGCACCUUCAAGUCGGCCUUCAGCAUCUGGCGGCACCAGGUGGAGGUGCACAACCAGAACAGCAUGGCGCCGGCCGCCGCCGAGCGCCGCUCCCCGCCCGUGCCCGUGCCCGAGCCCAGCCCCAGCCCCGCGGAGCCCCCGGCGCAGCCCGAGCCCGCGAAGGCCAACCACGUGGCUGCCGCUACUGCCGCUGCCACUGCCGUGCCAGCCAAGGAGGACAGCACGCUCAGCGACUCCUCGGAGCACGUGAACUUUGACUCCGAGGACUCGGCCUGCCUGCCCGAGGACCUCAGCGUCCCCCGGCAGCCGAGGGCGCAGGUGAAGGAGGAGCCCGCCAAAGAGGCUGAGGAAGAGGCGCCCGAGGCCAGCGCACACCGGGUCCCGGGUGCCCGCACGGAGGCCGGGCUGUGGCCCUGUGAGAAGUGUGGGAAGGUGUUCCCGGCGCACCGGCAGCUGGAGCGGCACCAGGAGCUGCUGUGCUCCGUGAAGCCCUUCAUCUGCCACGUGUGCCACAAGGCCUUCCGCACCAACUUCCGCCUCUGGAGCCACUUCCAGUCCCACAUGGCGCAGGCCGCCGAGGAGCCGGCGCAGAAGGAGGCGGAGGGGGCGCCUGCGCCCACAGACUCGCCCUCGCCGCCGCCCCUGCCACCGCCGCCGCCCCUGCCCAAGAUCCAGCCCCUGGAACCCGACAGCCCCACCGGCGCGCCGGAGCACCCAGCCCCAGCACCUGAGAAACUGUUCGCCCCGCAGGAGUCUGACACCCUCUUCUACCACGCGCCGCCCCUCUCAGCCAUCACCUUCAAGCGGCAAUUCAUGUGCAAGCUGUGCCACCGUACCUUCAAGACGGCCUUCAGCCUCUGGAGCCACGAGCAGACGCACAGCUGAGCCCAGCCGAGCCCAGCCGGGUCCACGCCGCAGUGAGGCUAGGAUAACUGCUGGGAACGGGAGGAGCCCUCUGCAGGCUGGGGAGCAGACUCAACACCGCACAGCUGCCCGCCCGCAGGUGACGGUGACCCGCUGCUGGGGGAGUCGGAGUUGCAUGUAUCUCGUGCCUGGGGCAGCGUGAUCACUGGCGAGGUUUCUGGCGCUAGGUAAAGUGAGCUGUGUCCCAAGACCAAAGCCUACUGGGAGGACGUGGAGUCACUGCAGUGUUGAUUUAGAUCCUAAAAUACCUUAGCAAUAAGAGAAUGACAAACCUCAAGUUUAAUAAAUUAUCCUGACACUUGAUAAAAACCAAUAGUUGGUAUUUUGUGGUCAUGGAGAACUUUCUUUUUGUAUGAAAAUUGUGAGAAAUUGAAAUCAGCAAUAGAUGCACUUAAGUUUUUAUGAGGUAGCCGUCUGGCCUCAUUCUUGGUCACCCAGUGUAGGCUGACGGCUGUACUGUAAGAAGACAGGGACAGAAGCACAGCCUAUGGGGUCCACUGCGCCCAGUCCUGGCGCUGCCCCAAGGAAGGACGGUCCACAUCUGGCAUCCUCCAAGCCCCACUACUGUCAGAUUAAAAAGCUGAGUGUGGCUGGGAGGAGAACCAGGGCUGAGAAGCGGCACCCACCUCUGGGCUCCUGUGAGAGUGCAGUGAGGGGGCGCCCUGAGCCUGCAGGCAGGGGCUGUGCCUGCACUGGGGGUGCUGUGCGCACUCAGAGUCCUGACGAGGGACCAGCUGUGCAUGCACUGGGGCCUCCCCUGUUGUGCUCAUUGUGAUUAGGAGAGUUUAGAAGGUGUUGCCCACAGCUCGGUGACAUUUCAAAGGGAAAACUCACCCCACUUGUGUGGGGCGGGCUAAGAAUCCCGAAACAGCAGGUGUUUGUCAGGUAGGGACGCUGAUUCAGACUCCCAGUUACAUGGUUGUUACCAGCUGUUCCAGAUGAAAGUCUGCCACUGUGGCUGUGAGAUGUCUUUGGAGCUGUGCUCUGGCCGGAAGGAGCUGUUGCCAGCGUGCCCCGCCAGUCCUGGGCAGGUGCUCUUGACAGAAACACAAGCGUUUUUAUGAACUACUAACUGACUUUGUAUAUUAGAGAAAUUAUAUAUGAAAUUUUGCCUUUUAUCCUUCCACUUGAAAAAAAAACUAUUAAAAAUCCCAAAAUAUUUUAGUACUUUGUAUUUUGUUCUUCAGUUUGAUGGAGAAAGGGAAGAUAAAGUUAGGUUGCAGUUACUGAUUCCUGCUGUCUUUCUAUUUCUUGAAGAAAUCUAUGCAUUUUAAAGUGGAACCUGACCUUUUCCCGAAGGCAGCGUGGUGGCAUGUGAAUUCUCUCCAUGUGUCACCCCGUGUUGCUGGCUCUGAGCACCCUGUAGCUGUCACUUCUUCAAGAGAAGACAGAGUCACCCACAUGGCCUCUGUGGGCUCUGAAAGUUCCAGAACAUGUGGCACCUUGGCGUUGUGCAGGCAAUAUCCCAGGACUGGACCUUUAUGCCACAUUUUUGAAGGUUUUUAAAAUACUCUUAAUCAGUAAAAAAUACUUUUGAUCUAAAUACAGGCUCUGCAUAUCUGUUAAGAGUUUAACAAUUACCAGUGUUUUUGUCCUCUUCACAUUUUUGUCUAGGCAAGAAAUACAAGAUUUCAAAUAAAAUUUUGAAUCAAAAACAUUUAUAAAUGCAGUUCUGGUUUUUCUAUUACUUUUUAUACUGUACCUUAAAAGCAUCAGGCUGAAAGAGUUUAUUUUGGUGGUCAAAAAAAUUUAAAAAAAGCCUCCACUGGUAUAACUAUUUUAAAUGUUAAGAAGUAGGAUAAUGAAAGACACAUUAAUUGCUUUUUGUAAAGAAUGUUUACCUUGGCCAGCAGGCAGAUACUUGGUGUAAAAUACAUUGGUCUUUCACCCUUGCAAUUCUUUAAAUAGUAAAAGUAUUCUUGUAAAUGUUUUCCUUUGAUUGUAAUUAAUUUUUAAAAAGCUAGACAGUUCAUUAUUCCUUGUAAGUAUUCAGGAUGCCUGCUUUUUUAUGCAGUUGUGAAAGAAUGUAAAAUGUUUAAUAUAUUCUGUUAAUCUGAGAACUCAGUUAUUUUUUUUAUAUGGUGAAUGGAGGGAGUAACAAAAUGUGUUUUUAUCUUUCAAAGUAAGCAAUGGAGGUGACAGUGUUGUGCAUUUUAAUUGUACUAUUUCAAGUUUAAUACUAGAACUUUCAUCUUUAAAGCUAGCAUAGAUUUACAGUUUUUCUAAACUGCAGUUCAGUAAAAAUGUUACUUACUUUUGUGGGGAGAUGUGUGUCCUCACUGGGUUUCUGUUUCAGUAGAGUUUUUCUUUUUUCUUGUUUUGCCUUUUUGAGACAGGGUCUCGCUGUGCCAUUCAGGCUGACCUUGAACUCACUCUGUAGCCCAGACUGGUCUCGAAUUUGUAAGGAUCCUCCUGUCUCAGCCUCCUGAGGGCUGGGAUCACAGGUGUGUGUCACAUACCUGGUGCGAAAGAUCAUUUAAGGCCUUGUGCAUCUUGGCCAACACCAAAUGGUUGUUAUCUAAGUGCAUGUCACCCUCUUGGUGUCACCAGAGGAGGCUGUGGCACAGGUAGAAGGCAGCCUUGCUGGGGGCAGGUCUCAAAGAGCAGACGAAUGUUGCCCUUGGCCAUUCCGUGAUCUGGAACCAUAAGGAAGGAAAGGAUUUGCAUUUUCCUGGUACAGAAAUAAUUAGGUGUCCUGACAGAUUUCUUUAUAACCCUCACCCAAUUAACCAUUGACUAUUACAAAUCACUUCAUUGAUUUCUGAUGUCCUGAUGUUUUUUGCAAUAAUUGUGAAAUGCAUUAUUGAUUUGAAUAAUGCUGAUCCACAUUUAGUAAGUGUUAACGCUGAGUACUAUGCUGUUAAUUUGUUUGUUUGUGUGUUUUAAAGACAGGUUUUCCCCUGUGUGGCUUUAGCACUUUAAGGACUUGGAUGUUUGCAUAACCCUAAGAUCUCCUCCAGCGGGGCUGGGGGCCGUGCUGGGGGCGGUGAGGAUCUGCACAGGGCUAGAGGAGCCUGAAUGAGUCUGGCCAGAAAACAGAAGUGAGUUCUUGUGAGGUGUUUUAAAAAGUCACUUUAGAAUCAGGCUGUGGGGACCCAAAGUAUUUUACUAUAAAUCUUUAAAUAGUCACCGAGCCUGGUGUUCUUCCACCAGACAUCAGUGCCAUUAGGUGUAUGGUGACUCGGCCUCGAGCAUUCACAGGUGAUGACCGUCAUUGCCAGGGACCCCAGCCUCAGCUCCCUGAGUGGGUGCUCACUGCUCAAAGAGAAACAGACGGGGACUUACAGAUGUGUCUGUUCGUUGUCCUUCCUGCCUCAGCAGAGGAAACCUCGGCUUUAGGAAUAAGGUUUGGGACGAGAAUUAAUAGUGAAUAGAACCGUGUUACUCCAUUGCUUACUUGUACCCGAUUCUGCUGUCUGUUUACUUUGCUGAAAUCUUGACUGAGAGUGAUUGGAUUCAAUAAACGUGUGCUGUAUUUUGCUGA